AUGUAUCUCACCUGCACUUUCUCCACUUCCUUUUCUCUUAAAACCCAACAGCUCCACUUAGAUCUGAAAGCAGUAACUCAAGACCUCUUCAACCUACUCUUCACAGUCCUCUCAAUGGUAAAACAAGACUGCAUCACAUCUAAAUCUCAACAACUAUUAAAUACUCUUUCUACCAUGAAUUCAAUCAGCAUUGACACUCUCUACGAACAAAAUUUACCCCAACUCUUCUCAAACUUAUCAGACAACAACUCUUGGACAGUGCACAGUCCAGACUUCGAAAUAUUCAGCUCCAGCUUCAUUUAUGUCAAACAAUUAUUACUAAGUAAUAUAAAAAUUACGUUUCCAAUUUUAAAAGAAACAAUUUCAAUUAAAAGGGAACCAGAAUUGAGACUCAAACUGUAUAUUUUACUCGCUCAGUACUUUGAGAAACUGCCUCUGAAUGAAACAAUGGAUUCAGAAUAUUGUGAUCAAUUUUUAGAGCAUUGCAUUUUGAGUAAUUUAAUUUGGAGCGCAGGAAGAAGCGCAGAGGCUGUGAGAACUGCUUGUGUCUGCUGUUUAUGCACAUUUUUGGAUAAGUAUUCAGAAUAUUCCCAAGAAUUAAGCAAGGCAAUGAAGUUCGAAGCUGUAUCUACAAUUUUAGAUAAAAUUGUUCCAAUUUUGUUAAGCUUGGCUGAGGAAAACUCGACGAAAACUAGAUUUUAUUCAAUCAGAGCUUUGUAUCUGGUUACGUUAGUGAAAAAGCAAUAUGAUUACUCUCAAGACGAUUGCGUUAACAAGAUUUUUCCAGUUUUGUUGAAGAGACUGGACGAUGGAUCUGAUGAUGUGAGAGUUAUUGCGUUAGAGGCUUUGACUGAGGUUUUUCGAGGUGUUUCCGAGAAAUAUGAUGUGAAGUUUAAUAGAGGACUUGUGGAUGCUUUGUAUACAACUGUUGUUAUCUAUUUGGAUGAUCCUGAUGACCAGUUUCAAGAGAAAGUUUUAG